ACACAGAGGUGCGUCCGUGUUUAGGAGUCAUUACUGCUCUAAGAUUUUGGUUCCUUCAUCCGAGUGAGCAGUGCGGUGAAGACCCUCAGCACUGUGAGUUUCGAAAGCUGGGGAAGAUAUAUAUAUAUAUAUAUAUAUAUUGCAAAUCAGUGGCUUUUUAAAAUUCUUUUUUACUUGAAUUCAGAGUUUGGAAGUACUUUCCCUUUUUCUUUUGCAAGUGAGUCCUUUUGCUCUGACUGUAUGAAGUAUAUGUGGGCAUUUGGAGCUCUGUGACGAGGCCAGCUUGCCCUUUCACAUUCUCACUUGGGGCUGCAGAAACACCCCAUGGAUUUCACCAACGACUUUGACUUUAUGAAGUUCGGCGUCAAGAAAGAGACCAUGCAGAGCUUGGAUCGCUCCUUCAUUGGGACGUGCGGCCAGCUGCAGAGACCGGACUCGGUCUCCUCCACCCCCGGCAGCACACCUUGCAACUCGAUCCCCUCAUCGCCAAACGUCAACCUGAACGAGCAGAGAAACAACCCUGGGAGCGAUCAGUUCUGGAUACCAAACAACAACGGGGGAUACCCUCAUCAGAUGUAUCCUCAAGCUUUCGGCCUGACGCCCGAGGACGCGAUGGAGGCCCUAAUAGGGGUCACGACGCAGGGACACCCGUCUGCGCCCCACGGCCACCACCAGCAGUCCUUCCAGCCUGACUACGAAGGUUACGGGCACCUCAGCGAUCCCGUUCAACACUACCCGGGUCUUCCGGGUCAUCCCGACAUGCAGGGCAUCCCCAGCAGCCACUGCCAAGACCCCUAUCUUAAAGACGAAAUGGGGAGCGAAUCCCCCCAGUCGCCGGAGGCCCAGCAGGUUCUCGGUGCGCACCUCCAGCAGCCGCAGCACAGCCGCCACGACAGGCGAUCGAACGCGGAGACGCACUUCUCGGACGAGCAGCUGGUCUCCAUGUCCGUCAGGGAGCUCAACCGGCUGCUCAGGGGCCUAAGCAAAGAGGAGGUGAUGCGUCUGAAGCAGAAGCGCCGAACCUUGAAGAACAGGGGCUACGCGCAGUCGUGCCGCUUCAAGCGCGUCCAGCAGAAGCACAUCCUGGAGCACGAAAAGACGAGCCUGGUGACUCAGGUGGAGACGCUGAAGCACGAACUGAGCAGGCUGGUCCGGGAAAGGGAUGCAUACAAACUUAAAUGCGAGAAACUGUCCGGUGCGAACUGCUACCACGAAACUGGGUCCACCAGUGACAACCCUUCCUCACCAGAGUAUUUAAUGUGAGUUAGUGCUUUUUCCACGGAGCCAUUGAAGUCUUCCCCAACAUUAAAGCAAUGACUGAAAUAACAAUAAAAAAACAAAAAGAUGCAACGAGAAUGGGGGACUGCAGUGAUGCAUGCUGGUCAUGUAUGAGAUGUUUUUAUUUUAUACUGCCAUAGCUUAUCUUUAUUGUGUCUGAAAGGAAAUACUUGAAAUCAGAUUUGCUUUUAUUAGCAUCCAUGUAAUCAUUUAGUUAUUGUUUAAUUUUUAUUGAGGUGAUUUUCUUCUCUGCUUUUCUUUUGUGGCUCAAAUCAUAGUUUGUGUUUAUGCUUUUUGAAAAAAAAAAUGAAUUAUGCUUUAAAUUCAUACUCUUUGUGAACUGGAUUCUGCUGGACAGUAUCAGCCCUUCUUCAGACGAUAUAAUUAUACAAAUAUAUAUGUAGUUUUUCAUCUAAUAUGUGGUUUUUUUUGUUUUUUUUUCAUUUAUUUGGAUCAAUAAACCUAAUCUGACAGUUUAAAAUUGA